UCCCAGCCCUCCCCCGAAACUCCUUGGCGGACGGCUGGCGGUUGCUCACGAUAUUGAAUCGCACGUUCAACCCUUUAUAUAUUGAAAGAUGUUCAAAGCGUUCCUGCUUGUCGUAUGGCAGGCUGUGCAAGGCCGGCGCUUCUCCAUACCACUCUCGAGACAAGUCGUACCGGUGAAGGUGAAUGGCCACACAGUGUCGCACAAGACAGCCUACUAUGGAAGUAUUUUCGUGGGUCGUCCAAAGCCACAAAACUUCACAGUGGUCUUUGACACAGGUUCAGGACACCUUUUCCUACCUGAUGCUUCAUGCGAGGAUCAGGUUUGCCAGAAGCAUGCCCGUUAUGACCGCAGAUUAUCCGCAUCUGCCGAAGAGAUCAAUGGUGACGGAAGUCCAGCUGCCAAUGAGCACGACGUGGUCUCCAUCUCUUACGGCAUUGGAGAGGUGGUGGGCGACUUCGUUAGAGAUGUAGUUUGCUUGGGCGAAGCCAGCGAGGCUUCCGAGUCCCACUGCACGACGACAAGGGUAAUCCUUGCCCGACACCUGACUCCAGAGCCGUUUCAGCAGUUCCACUUUGAUGGAGUCCUUGGUUUAGGGCUCAGCGCAUUGGCGCUGAACCAAGAGUUCCACCUGUUUAGUCAGCUAGCAGGCGACAUGGAUCCCAGUUUCGGGGUGUUUCUCUCUCGACCAGGGCAGCCUGGCAGCGAGGUAACUUUUGGUGGGCAGGACUUGAGGCGGACGCAAGGACCAAUGGCUUGGGUGCCUGUCUCUUUGAAGCCCCAGGGCUAUUGGGGAGUUCACGUCAAGGCAGUCCGCGCUGGAAAGAAGCUGCUACCAAUUUGCGAGGAUGGUGGGUGCCACGCAAUCGUGGACACCGGCACCUCUCUUCUCGGCGUUCCUCGGGAGGGCAUGGCCUCCAUCUUGGCCGCCACGGCUCGCAAGACCAGUAGCCAGGACUGCCAAGGAGAAGUCAGACCGUCUUUGUCAUUCGAGCUGGCAGAUGGAGCUGUCGUUGAAUUAGAGGCAAAAGACUUUUGGAGAGCCACUCCGACCACAGUGAAGAGCUCUGCAGGCAAAGAGCUUUCCCUUUGCCGAGCUUUGCUGCUACCAGUUGAGAUGGCGAGCAUUGCCCCAAAGUUUGACUCAAGAAACUGGGUCAAUUCGGUGGAGGAAAAGGUGUUCCUAUUUGGCGAACCUGUGCUACACAAGUACUACACCGCGUUUGAUGCAAGAUCAUUCCAAGUCGGUUUUGCACCUGCUAGGCACGGAUCCAAUGAAGUUGUCGUUUGAGGUGAGCCAGUUGAACCUCGAUAGCCGAAUCCCGUUGCCUUGACACGGAUGAAGUGUAGCAAAAUUGGCGAAAGUGACGAUGGCUUUCAGCCCCAUUCAGAGGAUCCUCCUGGACAAGUUCCACAGAGUCCAUAG